UCGUAACCACACAAUUUCGCUUCUCACUCGAUUUUUGAUCGCUGGCCGGACGCGAUCUUCAUUCCAAUUGUGAACAUUUGCCUUAUUUUCCUCCGUCGAUUUUCCGUUUGAAUACCACUCCGUUGCUUCUAGUACGUAAGCCAUUUAUUCCGCCGUAAAGCCACGCCCACGCCAAUGUCCGCGAACGCCCCAAAUCGCCAGCCGGAGCCGAAGUUUCCGGCCGCAAUGGCCCGUGGAGCGGGCACGGUGUGCUCCAAUCCGGCGGUGCCCAAGUCGCCGGACGCACUCACCUCCUUGGUGGCCCGGAAGAGCAUUACGUCCAUGUCGGAGGAGGAGAUCAUCCAGGAGAACCUCAACGAGAUCCUCGACCUCAAGUCGCGCGAGGAGCGAAAGGCCAAUGGACGCCUGGUGGCGGUGAUCGUCUGUUUUCUGGUGCUCUUCCUGGCGGUCUACCAUGCCUGCGUCCGGAAGUCGGAGAACUCGCUGGCUGGCGUCCUGGUACCGGCGGGCAUCAUGCUCUCCUACGGCGCCUGGGUGGUCGUCCUGGCCAAGAGGGACAAGCACCGGCGAGCCAUGUUUGAGCGCCACAUCGAGGAGGUGACGCUGAAGAACAAGAUCGAGCUGGAGGAGAAGCAUGCACGCCACGCGAAGAAGACGCAGUCGCAUCAUGGACACUCCGGCACUGAUUCCACGGGCAGUGCCUCCAGUUCGCUGCACUAUGUGAACGAGCUGCUGCCGACUGCUGGCGGUGGUGAGCAUCGCAAGAAGCAGCGACGCCAUCGCCACAAGGAGCGCUCCGUGGAGCGGGAGGAUCAUCAUCAACGCAGCCAUCAGCGCCAACAGACGCCGGACAUUGGUGUGCAUCGUGGGCCGCCCAAGAGGCCCAGUUUCCGGCAGAAGCUCUUCGGCCAGACCAUCGCCCAUGUGAAGCUGGUGGAGGCGCAGAGCGACAGCACGGAUUCCGCUGGCGGAACGGGAACUGGAACGGGAACGGGAACGGGUUCGAAACCAGGUCGCAGUACGGCUGGUGCCAAGCCCCAUCCCGGCGAGAAACGCCAGCGGCUACAGCGCCUGGACACAUUGCCCCUGGCGCAGGUGGUGCGUGUCAGCUCGAUUCCGUGAGAUAUACCUAGUAUACAUUGGAUGUCGGAUGUUGGAUGUAUGGAUGGAUAUAUAGUAUGGAUCCAUGGGUAUGGAUGUAUGUACAUAUGCAUGUGGAAGUGGAGUAGUGUUUUUUUUUUGGUUUUUUUUUGUGGGGCGGAGGGCCAACCUCGCGAUUGUAUCGA